GAAACGAUCAAUUAUCAUUAUGUAUUUAUUUUUAUAACUUUUAAAUAUCUGUAAUCUUGUAAUUGGUAACACUUAAGCGUUUAAGCGAGCUAUUAGAACCUCGACAUUUCAUAUGAUACGACCCAAUAAAUAUUUUUAUAAGACAGCAGAUAUAAAUGCACGAGCAUUAAUAAUAGUCGUGAACACGUCACACGCGUACAACACACGUUCUAUACGAAAUCAGCUGUGCUAUCACUGUCAGGAGGAAACGUGUGUUUCUUUUGUCUUUUCAACUCUGUAUCGUUUGCCUCUGCCGAGUAUAUGUAUAUGUAUGACAUGUAACUAGGGUAAAAUGGAAUAAAAACAGGAAGCAGAAGGUUUGAGCAAUGUACUCUUUGGCUCGGAUUUGGACAGUACAGUAUACCUACGUAGUGGUGCUCGAUUGGUACAAGGAACUGUACUUACUUUUUCCAAUAAAACUAAAAAUUGGUGAAACAAAUUCAAUUGAAACUUAUUGACGCACAAGUAAGCAUAAUUAAUUGUGUGCCAGACAACAGUGUAAAUCAAUAAAAAAUUAAUUCGUUGAAUAUCACGAGGUUAUCAUUCUCACGAGAUCAUUUCUAAAAUCGUAAGAUUCGAAGUAUGUAUGUAUUAUCAUGUAGGCAAAUGUUUGACACAAUCCACUUAUCUGAAUGGGAAUGAAAAACCAUAGGUAGUGGGGAAAAUUAGUUGGGACUAUCCACUACGAAUGAAAUGUUUCUUUGUCUCCCGACGGAUUCGUAUAAAUGAAGUGCUACUGCUGUUAAAUGAAGCAGUGGUUGCUCAAAGUGAGAUUAACAUUUAAACGUGAUCCGAUCGAGUAGUGUACAGUUAGUGUAUGCAAACUAUGUCAAUUGAAAAUUGCAUUUAUACGUAUGUAAUGAUUGAUCAAUGCGGAGGUGUGUUUUAUAAACUAUAUAAGUAAACAUGCAAGAUCAUGAUAUACAUAAAUACGGCACACGUUAUCAGUGAUGCGCGAACUUUUGAAGAUAUUUGUCAGUUGUAAAAUGCUGUGUUCAGAUAAACUUUGUUUACAAUACAUCUGACAAGUUCAUUUACAAUUACUUUGGUUAGACAAAUCUGAAAGUAACAUAUUUUCUUGGUGAUUUACUUUACUAUCAUUAGAAUAAAUCAAUGUUGAUAUAAAUACAUUCAAAUUCAUAAUAAAAAUAGAUAGAAUAAUCUAUUUUAGAAUAAUUUAUUUUAAUAUUAUAUAUCGCAGAGAUUUUAUAUCAUAAUCUUUAAUGGACUGGAUUAAAAAAUUACGCGCUGAAAGAUCCACUGUUCCUAAGGAUGAUGAUCUAGAAACUGUUGCAGAAAGAAGAGAACGAUGGAGAAGUAUCUAUGUCAUUUAUUUUACUAUGUUUCUUAUGUCCCUUGGAUUCAGUAUUAUACUAACUGGAGUCUGGCCAUAUCUUGAUAAAUUGGACAAAAAUGCUGGCAAAGAGUUUAUGGGAUAUGUUGUUGCAGCUAAUCCUUUGGCACAAAUGUUAUUUUCCCCUUUAGUAGGUUGGUGGGGAGAUAAAAGGGGUUCUAUAAGAUUACCCCUUUUAUCAACAUUAGCGCUUUUUACAUUUGCAUCAGGGAUGUACAGUGUUCUUGAAAUCUUGCCAGGUGAUCGGAAAAUGUUUAUGAUAGCUGCUAGAUUUUUGGUUGGAGUUAGCUCUGCUAAUAUUGCAGUAGCAAGAUCUUAUCUUUCUGCAGCUACGAAAUUUUCAGAAAGAACGCACGCGGUUUCUAUGGUAUCUCUUGCACAGGUACUGGGAUUUGUGGUAGGUCCCGGAUUGCAAGCCGUGGUCACACCUCUCGGCGAACAUGGUUUCUAUUUUAUGAAUUUACCUGUUAAUAUGUAUACUAUGACUGGUUGGAUAAAUGUUAAAAUGGGGAUUCUUAAUUUUGCUUUGUUUCUUCCAUGGAAUUUCAAGGAGCAUAGGAUUGCCCUACGCGAAGCUAUGAAAUUACAAGGAAGAAGAACAGAAGAGGAAACAUUGAAGUCUGCUAAGCCAGAUUAUCUAGCAAAUUGCACAUUGAUUUGUGCAUUUUUUGUCUUGGUAUUUAAUUUCGUCCUUCUCGAAACUUUGGGUACUUCCUUAACUAUGGAUCAAUUUGGUUGGUCAAAGAAAGAAUCUCUGUAUUAUAUGGGUCUGUUAAUGAGUGUCGGUGCUAUUGUAUCUUGUAUUACGUUUGUUAUGAUUGAACCACUCUGUAAAAGAUUCAAUGAACGUAAAGUGAUGCUGUGGGGUGGAUUCUUCUUUAUGAUAAUUGGAAGGAUAUUGUACAUACCAUGGGGACCGGAUCCUCCGCCAAUCGCGUACGAACUGCCAUCCGAUAAUGGUACAACAAAUGUCAAUGCAACAGAAGUCUUAGGAUGCCCUAGUAGUCAAAAGUGGUGUCUCUACACACCUCAACUCACGGUCACACAAUUUCUUAUUGGCUAUGGUUUCACAACUAUAGGCUACCCAUUAGGAGUGACCUUGAUACAAACCAUUUUUAGUAAAGUAUUAGGACCACGACCACAAGGUGUUUGGAUGGGUUUCAUGACAGGUGCGGGUUGCGCGUCCCGUGUGUUAGGUCCAGUAUUUAUUAGUGUAGUUUAUACACGUUUUGGAACGUACCAUGCUUUUGGUAUCACUGGUCUAAUGCUAAUAUUAUCUAUGACGUGGCUACAAAUCGUGGACAAGCGGUUAAUACCUCCUAAACUUGCUUCGAUAGAAGAAACCAAGCCUGAUGCAGAAAUUCCACUGGUUCACCUUAAGUCUAAUAAUGCUCAAGCAACAAAUGAUAUAGAAAGGAGUAAUGUAAACGCGGAUUGUGAUAAGGUUUAAGUAAUUUGUUUUUUCAAUUUUUAUCUUUUUUUGAGAUAAUAUAGGGACUUAUGCAUAACUGCAAUUGUUGGAGAAAAAUACUGAUGUUAUGAAAUACGAUAUUUUUUAUGAAUAUUUACACGUUUUUCAUACAUAUUUCACAAUUAUAAAUAUGUAAACUAUCUUUUAACGAAUAUAUGUAACACUAAUGGCGUAUGGAAAGAGAGAAUGGCAAAGGUUUUAGGUAAAUAUAGGUUUUACUUAUGUUAAUAUGCUAUGUAGAAAAAAAAUGAGAUUGUCGCGUUUUAAAAAGACUAUGGUAUGAUAUUGAUGUCAGUACAAAAGGUUUUUAAACAUUAAACAUAUUAAAAAGAUUACGUAUGUUAUAA